GUCAAAGAAGCUCUCAAGCUGACAUGGCCAGAUGAGGAGCUCAAGAAGAGGGACGCUGGAAAGCACUCAGCCCUCUUCACCAGUGAGGAGACCGCCAUGAUGGCGGAUGACGACGGGGAGGCCAGCGAGGCCCCCGACAGCUGGGAAGACCCAGAAGAGGAGGCCCAAGAAGCACUGGCAGCCAUGCAGGAUGCUCGAAGGACACUCCGUGAUGCCCGCGAGAAGCAGGCGCAGAUGAGGAGGAAUCGCAAUUUCUUCUCUGGGAAAGGGUCCGGAAAGCAAGGCACUGCAUGGAGAAGCCCCGCUUCGCGACCUCCUCCGAAGUGUUUCAAGUGCGGUGGUCCUCAUUUUCGUCGAGACUGUCCAGAGAAGGGUGGAGCCCCUUCUGGUGAGCAGCAGGUGAAUCUGGUGUUCCUGGCAGAGAAGAUGGAGGCACCGCAGGAGGACACUGGAGCUGUGGAGCCAACUACGGCUACUGAAUUCCUCUUGGCUGCGGAGCAGGAGGAUGAGAUGAGCCUGAUGGCUUUGAGCCAAGUGUUGAGAGAAGGGAAGGCCAUUAUAGAUGGAGGAGCCACCAGCAGUCUAGGCUCCGAAGAUGCCCUGCAGCAAAUCGCGACACUCAACUAG